AUGGCAUAUUACCAGCAACAGGUCAACAAUCCUCAAAAUUUACAAUUCUACCAACCCAGCUAUUCUAGUAGUUAUGCACAGCUGCCUCAAGCUGGAGGAAAUAUGGGACCUACGUCGUCUUUGGGGGCGAUGGAUACAGGAUUUGGAUCUAACAUCGAUAUAAGUGGACCCAUGGCAGGCCAGUUGUCCCAUGGUUUAUUAGCUGCAUUUGGUACUUCGGGCUAUCCAGGAGAGCCACCCCUUCUCGAAGAAUUGGGUAUAAACUUCCAACACAUUAAAGCAAAAACUCAAGCAGUUCUCAAUCCUUUUAAUAAGAACAUUACCUCCGAUAUAAUGGCAGACUCUGAUCUCGCUGGCCCAAUUUUGUUUGUUUUACUUUUUGGAACUCUAUUACUAUUGGCAGGGAAAGUACAAUUUGGCUAUAUAUAUGGUGUUGGCUUGUUCGGCGUUGUCAGUCUCCAUUAUUUAUUCAAGUUCAUGAGUAAUGAUAUUCAGAUUGAUAUUAUCAGAUCUGCUUCAGUAAUUGGAUAUUGUUUAUUACCUUUAGUUUUACUAAGUGUCGUUGGUGUUCUCACCUCUUUGGACAACACUAUCGGUUACAUAUUAAGUGCCAUUGCAGUAUUUUGGUGUACCUAUUCUGCUUCUGGAUUCUUUGUUAUCGUUUUGAAAUUGCAUAAUGUUAGACUUUUGAUUGCCUACCCAUUGGGAUUGUUCUACAGUGUCUUUGCAUUGAUGGCAAUCUUCAUGGAGAAGCCUGAUUUAUAG